AUGGCUGGCACUGGUUUUGAUGAUGCUCCCGUCUACUACAGCGACCCCUUCUUCUCAGAGGACCGCUCAGAGGCUGAUGGAGGCCCCUCCAGAACUGCCUCUCUUGGGAGAUUCAAAGAAUUCAUCAAAACCUUCCUGGAUCAGGACAACUGCUUCUGUUACCGAGACCAGCUCAAGCGACACUACAACCUGAGACAGUACUGGAUGCAGGUGGACCUCGAGGACUUGUCUAGUUUUGACUCUCAGCUAGCGGACAAGCUGAGUCGAUCUCCAUCCGAGUACCUCCCCCUCUUUGAGGAGGCUGCUCGUGAUGCUGCCGAUGAGCUCACUCAGCCACGGCCCCUUGGCGAGGAAACGGUGGAAGACGUACAAGUGCUCCUUCACUCGGACGCCAACCCUGUGCAGAUCAGACAGCUGAGGUCGGAGCACAUGGCUCGGCUGGUUAAAGUGCCGGGUAUUGUGAUUCAAGCGUCUGGUGUUAAAGCCAAAGCCACCAAGAUCACUAUCCAGUGUCGCAGCUGUCGUAACUUCCAAUCAGGUAUCUCGAUUAAUCCAGGCCUUGAGGGCUACUCUCUGCCCAGGAGGUGUCCCACAGAUCAAGCUGGGAGGCCAAAGUGUCCAGUGGAUCCUUUCUUCAUAGUGCCCGACAAAUGCAAGUGUGUGGAUUUUCAGACCCUCAAGCUGCAGGAGAGCCCUGAUGCAGUACCUAAGGGGGAACUCCCUCGUCAUAUGCAGGUUUAUUGCAGUCAAUACCUCACCGACAAGGUUGUCCCUGGCAACAGAAUCACAGUGAUCGGCAUAUACUCCAUCAGGAAGUCUGGAUUGAACGCAAAGACUAGUCAAGACCGUGCUGCGAGUGCUGGUCUGCGUCGGCCGUACCUGCGUGUGGUGGGUAUAGAGGUGGAUAGUGGGGGUCCGGGACGAGCAGGGGGUGCUCCACUCACUCCCGUAGAAGAGGAGGAGUUGAGACAGCUGGCAGCACGUCCUGACAUCUAUGACACUAUUGCCAAGUCGAUUGCACCGUCCAUAUAUGGUAGUCUUGAUGUGAAGAAGUCAAUUGCUUGUCUCUUGUUUGGAGGCUCUCGUAAACAGCUUCCUGACGGGCUAAAUCGUCGUGGUGACAUUAACGUCCUGUUGCUAGGCGACCCGGGAACGGCCAAGAGCCAGCUGCUCAAGUUUGUGGAGAACGUAGCCCCCAUUGGUGUGUACACGUCAGGCAAGGGGAGCAGUGCAGCCGGACUCACUGCAUCCGUCAUGAGAGACCCCUCCUCUAGGAGCUUUGUGGUGGAGGGUGGAGCCAUGGUGCUGGCGGAUGGGGGUGUGGUCUGUAUUGACGAGUUUGACAAGAUGAGGCAAGACGAUCGUGUGGCUAUUCACGAAGCCAUGGAACAGCAGACCAUCUCCAUAGCAAAGGCUGGCAUUACCACCACUCUUAACUCCCGCUGCUCUGUACUAGCAGCUGCCAACUCUGUGUUUGGACGAUGGGACGACUCUAAAGGAGACGCAAAUAUUGACUUUAUGCCGACUAUUCUCUCACGUUUUGACAUGAUCUACAUCAUCAAAGACUUGCACGACGUUGCCAAGGAUACACAACUAGCCAAGCAUGUCAUGAGAGUGCACCUCAACGCCCUCCAGACAGAGGACACUGUGGAGGGGGAGCUGGAUCUCGCCACUAUCAAGAGGUUCAUCGCCUUCGCACGAUCUACGUGUGGCCCGAGACUAUCUGCUGAGUCAGCAGACAAGUUACGUAAUCGCUACGUGAUGAUGCGAGGCAGUACCAGACAACACGAGAGAGACACCUCCAAACGAUCUGGCAUUCCCAUCACCAUUCGCCAGCUGGAGGCCAUUAUUCGUGUCUCUGAGUCUAUGGCCAAGAUGUCCCUGAGGCCAUUUGCCCUCGAGAGUGACGUGGACGAGGCUCUGAGACUAUUCCAAGUGUCUACUCUAGACGCUGCCCUCUCUGGAUCACUGUCAGGUGCUGAAGGUUUCACGUCUGAGUCUGACCAGGAGGAGGUCAGAAAGAUUGAAAGGCAGUUAAAGAACAGGUUCCCCAUCGGGUCCCACGUCUCAGAGCAACGCAUCAUCCAGGACUUCCUCAAACAAAACUACACUGAGCGCUCUAUCCAAACAGUACUACACAUCAUGCUGAGACGUGGUGAGCUGGAGCAUCGUCUGCAAAGGAAGGUCCUCUACAGGACAAGAUAAACUAAAACUGAAACUAUGAUCAGAACUUUAACUGGACAAUUGUUAUCACAUUUAAUUAAAAAGUUGGGACUGCUG